AUGUCAAAAAUUUUUAGAUAACAAAUAAUCUAGGUUGGCUAGAUGAUAAAUGAGAACGUAACUUUAGAGAGAGUUUAAGAAUACAACAAAGAUGUUUAAUUUAGAAACAUGUCAAGAAGUAUAGCCUCAGGUAAUGUAUCAAGUUUUAUUGAAGCUGCGCAUAAUCUAGAGAGUGAAUUUCCAGAAUUUGAUUACAAAACUGAAUAUUAAAAAAAAGAUCCAGAGCUAAAUACUAUGCUACAUAAUGCCUGUAUAAAUUACAAAUACUUCAUGAUUAAACACCUUCUUUAGAAUGGGUUUUUAAGUUAAAUCAAUUCAAAAAAUAAUUAAGGUCGUACACCUUUAAUGAACUUAGUAAUAAAUAUCUGCACUAACAGUAGAUUCAACUAAGGAGCAUUUGAUCUACUUCUUAGAAGUGGUGCAGAUAUUUUAGUUAAGGACAACUUAGGUAGAACUAUUAUGGAUUAUCUAUAGUUACUUGGAGAUAAAUUUAAUGGAGCUGACUACAUCAAAUAAAAAUAUGCCGAAAUGAAAACCAGAGAAAGCAGAUUAAAUUUACUCUAUUGUAUUAACCAAUCUACUCAAAACAACGAAUAUAUAAAGAAGCUCAAUUUUUACGAAAAGCUUUCCAUCAUGAAAUACAUGUGA